AUGACCAAGGAUAUGAAUCGUACGACAACAACUACAGCACUCAAGGACAGAAGUUUUAAUAAGUGUGGCAGGAGGAACGGAGGCUGCACCCACCUGUGCCUGUCUCGCCCCAACGGGACAUCCUGCGCCUGUCCCACUGGAAUCCUGCUCAAAGGUGACAGCAAGUCGUGUGAGGACUCCCCGGAGUCCUACCUGAUUUUCUCCAACCGUGUCAGUGUGCGCAGGAUCUCCCUCGACACCAACGACCACACCGACGUACACGUGCCGGUGCCCGAGCUGCACAACGUAAUCUCACUGGAUUACGACAGCGUGGACGCAAAACUUUACUACACCGAUGUCACCCUGGAUGUUAUAAGGCGUGCAAACUUAGACGGCACCGGCAUGGAGACGGUUAUCAGUCAGGGUCUGAAGACCACAGAUGGGCUGGCUGUAGACUGGGUAUCCAGGAACAUGUACUGGACCGACACCGGGCGCAACACCAUCGAAGUGGCCCACCUGGACGGAACAAGCCGCAAAGUCCUGGUCAACAACAGUUUGGAUGAACCGCGAGCCAUCGCAGUGUUCCCGAGCAAAGGGUACCUGUUCUGGACUGACUGGGGUCACAUUGCAAAGAUUGAGCGAUCCCACCUGGACGGCUCUGACAGAAAGGUUCUGAUCAACACUGACCUCGGCUGGCCCAACGGACUCACACUGGACUACGACACACGAAGGAUCUUCUGGGUGGACGCCCACUUGGACAGGAUCGAGAGUUCGGACCUGAACGGGAAGCUGCGGCAGGUCCUCGUCAGCCCGGUGUCCCACCCGUUUGCCCUCACGCAGUUGAAGCCGGUGUCCUCCCCUCUAACUCCUUUCUCCCGACUCUCGCAGCAAGACCGCUGGAUCUACUGGACGGACUGGCAGACUAAGUCCAUCCAGCGGGUGGACAAACACACAGGCCGCAACAAGGAAACUGUGCUGAACAAUGUGGAGGGCCUCAUGGACAUUAUAGUGGUAUCACCUCACAGACAGACAGGUACUAAUCUCUGUGGAGUAAAUAAUGGCGGCUGCACUCACCUCUGCUUCGCCAAGACCAACAGUUUUGUGUGCGCCUGCCCCGAUGAGCCAGACGGGCGACCCUGCUCCACCAUUUCAGGUUACGUCCCCACCGCUCCGGCCAGAGGAACAAGCAGCACUCCUGUCCCCAACAAGAUCCCCAAAUCUACAACCGACGUUCCACAUGGAGGAGCCUCAGCGGUCAACUGCACUGACAAGAACCUAAACGUAGAGGGGUGUGUGAACAGCGUGGUGACGGCUCCUCACGGAGAAGGACUUCAUAUCAGCUAUGUGAUUGGUGGAGUUCUGACCAUCCUGGCUAUUUUGAUCCUCAUCGCUGCUUUGAUUAUUUACAGACAUAAAAAGUCGAAGUUUGCCGACCCGGGAGUGAGCAACUUGACCUACAGUAACCCCUCGUAUCGGACAUCGACACAAGAGGUCAAGAUUGAGGCGUCGCAAAAGCCUCCGAUAUACAACCAGCUGCGAUAUAAGAAAGAGGGGGGAGUGGACGGAGGCUACACCAAGGAGAAGAUCCGCAUAGUGGAGGGCGUGUGUCUCCUGUCCAAUGAGGAGCUUUACUGGGACGACCUAAAACAGAUCAAGCCGUCCCGAGGCGGCCUGCACACCUGCAUGCGCACCGACACCGUGUCCCUGCAGGCCAGCAGCGCCUCGCUAGACGACGGCGAAACGGAGCAGCUCCUCCAGGAGGAAGCGUCCGAAUGCUCCUCCAUAACCACCCUGACCCCUUCAGCCAUCACCCCGCAGCGCCACUCCCAGCACAGCCUGCCCGACACCGGCUGGGUCUCCACACGCAAGCCCUCCACCGAGAGUGAAGUGUGAGGAGCCCUCUGUGCUUCAUCUCAACCUCCAUUACCUAACACACUCAUACACACACCUGUAUUUAUAGCUGGUACACAGAUAAAUAGGUACAAACACAGUAACAGUUGCAUACGUAGAGUUAAGGUACAAAUGAACUGGUUACAUACAACUAAGCUCCCGAAAAACAACAACUCCUGUCUCUGUAUCUGGGGCUCCGUCCUAUUUGUACUCUCUCACACACACACACACACACACACACACACACACACACACACAGUACCCUACCCUGAGUGCUACUGCCUUCAGGUGAAAUGAUAAACUAAUGAGCAUGCUGGAAAAAGCAACUGGGGAGGAAGUGAACAGAGAGACACAAGCGUAUUCUGGAGCCUUUUUUAAGGAUGCAGACUCUCAAUGCGACAAACGCUUCUCUGUGUACAACUUGUUAUUUUUGUGAACUUUUUAUUUUUCGGGAUAAAGCUAGAACAACAUACUCCCUGGACGACGUAACCGCGAUGCUCUCUCUAAUGCCACUCAUGUCUUUAUGAACUCUAUUUAUGAACGUUUUUGUACUUGUAGAGUUGGUUUGCUGACUUUCAGAAGAUGCCGAGAGUGUUUUUGUUAGAACCCGGGUAUUCAAGAGUUGUAUUUAUGUCAGUGCCAAAGGGUGGGGCUUCACAGAGUCUCCAUGCUUCUUUCAGCAUUUACACUUCAAUAGGAAUCUUAGUGACAGGAUAUUUCUCUCCUUUGACUUUACCGACUGGCCCUCAGUGUUGAUUCCUUAUUUUACAGCCUCCAACAGGUCGAGUAAGGAUGUUUUGUAGCUGGUUCUUUCAGCUGGCUGCAGAAGUCCAUUCAACAUUAGCUUAAUUAGCCUGAAAACAGCCUUUUAUUUCUUUCUUUUUAAUUGUAAUUCAAAUAUUGCUGAUCCUCGGGCAUAGCAGAGGAAGCCAAGAUGAAGUAACAGCCUAAGUGCCAAACAUUUCGUUCUUAUUCCCCUUUCAGCUGUAACAUAUUUUUUCUCACAGGUUUGUGGCAUACUUUUUUACUUCUUCGGUCCCAAUGACAAAAACCUUUCCUCACAACUAGUGUUAUUUAGCCAUGCAGAUAGUUGUGGUUUUAUUUACCCAGGUAUUGAUCUUUAGGAUUUAUUAUUCCCAAACCACUAGUUUUUUUUAACUACUUUCGCAAUCCUCAUUAGCUGUUAAUUUAAUUGGUCCUUUUAUAACAAUUUGGGACACGUUCCUGGUAAAAAAAUAUAUAUAAAGGAUUAUCUACAACAGCACUUACUCUUAGAAUUUGAAGCUCUUUAAUAACAACACAUUACUAUCGCUAAAUUGAAACAUAUCUCCCUUAAAUGUGUGUGUGUGUGUGUCAUCGUUAAUGUUCCCUUCUCAAUCCCAUAUUAUCAACAUAUGUCAUCUUACCAACCUAUUAAUUGUAAUAUAAUCUUCCUAAAUAAGAACGUAUGCGCCAUUCUGCACUCCUUGUCGAUUUUAAUACCUUCCUUUUUUACCUGAAAACGGCCUAGGGCUUGUAUGAAAUUUGGUUUAUUUUGAAAGUCUAUUACAAAACAUUACUUUAUAAUGUUUAAAUCACUUUAAAAUAAUGUAAAUAUAAACUGAACAUCAACUUCUCUGUCGAGAAAGAUGAUGUUGUAUGUUUAGAUGUUAAGAAAUGUGCAUCAGUACACAUAAAUGUAACUUUUUCAAAUUGAGUUUUCUUACUUCUGGAACAUAAUCACACACGUUCUAUUGGCUCUCUCUUUUUUUGGGGUAAGGGGAAAUUAAAGAUGUGGAAAUUAAAACAAAAUAAACCUGGCUCACACAACCAAAAGUAUCUGCAUGGCCAAAUGCUAGAAAACAUUUAUUGUUUUAAUAACUUCAGUUUUGCUUCAUCAACUCUAGAGCUGUAAUGCAGAGGUGUACUUGCAAUGUCUGCCACAGUACAGUAUAACACAUACAUGUAUGUAACUUAGGAACACUGUGCAUGUCUGACCCCAUCAGACAGUGAGGGUUAUAGUUUAGAAAUAUAUCACUGACAACUUACUGAAAAAUGAAUUUAAUACAAUAUAUUAUGCAUUGCUUUAACUUUAGAGUACCAUUCUGUCUGUUGUUGAGGUAUGGUACAAGGAAAUACUAUAUUGACAAAUAUAUCGGUUAGUUUAUAGAACCAUGUAUUUUGAAGUAUCUGCUACAAGCUCAGCAACCUGCUGAUUUGCUGCUAGACGAGCACUGAGGCCAAUGAGAGAGGGUCUUGGCAGCUACAUAACUACGAUCUCUGACGGUUGGUUGAAGCGAGGCCUACAGAGCAUCACAGCGACCCAGUAACCAAUCACCCGGCUCACAGUCCCUCCAACUCUGCUGCAGGAAUGCUAAAACUGUACAGAUGUUAUCAUGCGGAUAUAAGCAAACAUUUCUGUUGAAGAUAUUGUGUUGAUUAAGUUGUAUAGUCUUUUGUACAAAGGGAUUUCAUGAUUGUUUUUAGACUUGUAUUAAUUUUACUCACUGGAGAAGAACAUUUUGUUUUUGUUUUCGCUGGAUUAUUUUAACCACUGUGUUUCCAAGCCUUGUAAAUGAUAGGGAAGAUGCCAGUUAUUUAAUAGUGCUCUUUUAUCUUCUGAAAUACUGGUCGCGUAUAGCUGUUGUAAAGUUAACAAAAAGAGGUAUUUAUGAUUUCUGUUUGGUUGUCACUUGAUGUGUAAAUAUGAAAAGACUGUAUAUGUAUUUCCAUGGCAGUACUAACAAGCUGUGUUGUGUGAUAUAGUGAAUGGUCCCUUUGCUAUCUUUUAAUAUAAAAUUGCAUUUGCAUUUCAAUGAAA